AAAAGAGAGAGGAACAGGGAGGGAGAGAUGGUUUCGCGAAACCUUAAGCUCCGGAAACGGCUCUCUGCGAGCGGUCUAAAGUGUGGAAAAGGAAAAGUUUGGCUCGAUCCAGAUGAAGUCAACGAAAGCUCCAUGGCCAACUCCCGCUUAUCUGAGCUGCCUGUAGAGUUAAUGACCAGACAAGAUUCAUGGAGUUUGGAAGGCAAUGAUAGUAAUGCUUUAAUGUUGUCUACAAAAGGAAGCAAGAAAAGGCAAGGGAAUAACCAGGAGCUUGAAAAGGCCAAAGAGAAACAACCCCCCAAAUUGAGUAAAUCUCAAAUAAGAAAGUUGAAGAAGUUGGAGGAGGAGAAAGAGAAGGCGCUUUUGUUAUCAAAGAGCAUUGAGACCUUGGAGAAAUACAAGAUUUCGGAAGAUGCAUAUACUUUACUGCAGUCUUCAAAAACUAUUGGUCUGGCUGAAACAAUGCGGGAAAAACGUAGGAGAGUUGUUCAGUUCUCGAAAGCAGGUUUAGAACCUCCAUAUGUUGACAAAUCUCCUAAGGGGAGAGUGGGCGAUAAUUCAUCAUCUUCUUCUGAACCUGAGCCUGAACCUGAGUUGGAGGAAAUCAACUCAAGGCAGGAUAUUGGCAAAAAUCACGUUGGGCAGCCAUUAAUAAUAGAAAGAGAAGUUGCAAGAAAUGCAUUUGGUCCUUUGGCUUCUUGUCAGGAGCUAGUUUUUGGUAAGGACCUAGACCCAAGCUGCAGUUCUGUUGAUACCUUACCAACUAAGGGCGUUUCCCUUGAGGAAAACAGCACACCUUUUGAAGAAGAUAUUAAAAACUCCAUUGCUAAGUUGUCCACUGAUGAUGGGAGAGAAAGCUCUAUGUCAAAGCUUUGUUCUUUGCAGGGACUUCUUUCUGCCCCAACCGUAGUGCAUGUAUCUAGGCCAGAUGAGGUUGAAAACAAAAGGAAGGAUCUUCCAAUAGUCAUGAUGGAACAGGAAAUAAUGGAAGCUAUAAAUGAAAAUUCUACUGUUAUUAUUUGUGGAGAGACUGGAUGUGGUAAAACCACACAAGUUCCUCAGUUUCUUUAUGAAGCCGGCUUUGGUUCAAGCCACUCUACCCUUCGAAGCGGUAUCAUUGGUGUUACUCAACCCCGUCGUGUAGCAGUCCUUGCUACUGCUAAGCGAGUUGCUUUUGAACUUGGUCUUCAUCUAGGUAAAGAAGUUGGGUUUCAAGUUAGGCAUGACAAGAAGAUAGGGGACAGGUGCUCUAUCAAGUUUAUGACUGAUGGAAUUUUACUUCGAGAAGUUCAGAAUGAUGUUCUACUAAAGCGCUACUCCACCAUAAUUCUGGACGAGGCUCAUGAGAGGAGCUUGAACACAGACAUACUUAUUGGAAUGCUUUCUCGUGUAAUUCGACUUCGUCAGGAUUUGUAUGAGAAGCAACAGCGUAUGGUGCUUUCAGGACAAAGUGUAAGCCCUGAAAACUUGAUACUUCCGUUAAAUCUUGUUUUGAUGAGUGCUACACUGCGAGUGGAAGACUUCAUUUCUGGGAGAAAGUUAUUUCAUGUUCCUCCUCCUGUUAUUGAAGUUCCAACUAGACAAUAUCCGGUGACGAUACAUUUCUCAAAGAGAACAGAGCUUGUGGAUUACAUUGGUCAAGCCUUCAAAAAGGUCAUGUCAAUUCAUAAGAGGCUGCCACAAGGUGGCAUACUUGUUUUUGUCACUGGACAGAGAGAAGUGGAAUACUUGUGCCGAAAGUUACGUAAGGCUUCUAGGGAUGUGAUCAGUAGUAUUUCUGAAGGGGACAAAAGUACUGACAUCAGUGCUCCCUCUCAAAUCAAUUUGGUUGAGGGCAUUAAUAUGAAGGAUAUCAGUGAAGCAUUUGAGAUUCACAGAGACUCAACCCACCAGCAGACUGACAGGUUUAGCUCGUACGAUGAAGAUCAGGAUGAUUAUGAGGAGGAUGAUUCCGAUGCUUCUUAUGAUUCAGAGAUGGAGAGUGAGCUGGAAAUUUUCGGUGAGGAAAGGAACACAUUAGAACAAAAAUCCAUGGAUAAUGUCGACAACUUGGUUGAUGUGUUUGGAGGGAAUGGAAGCCUUGCUUCUCUUAAGGCUGCUUUUGAUGCUUUGGCUGGGAAAAAUGGUUUGGAUGCUAAUCCUGAGGGAGGAGAGACUGUCUCUAUUAAUCCAGAGAACAGCUUAGAGCAACCCCCUGCACCCGUUGAAAAAAUUAGAGAAGGUAAUAGAAGUCUCAAUGCUGGUAUACUACGAGUUCUGCCUCUUUAUGCCAUGCUACCUGCCGCAGCACAGCUUCGUGUAUUUGAAGAGGUUAAGGAUGGAGAGCGGCUUGUUGUUGUUGCUACCAAUGUGGCUGAAACCUCUUUAACCAUCCCAGGAAUAAAGUAUGUGGUUGACACUGGGAGAGAAAAGGUCAAGAACUAUAAUCCUACCAAUGGUAUGGAAACCUAUGAGGUUCAAUGGAUAAGUAAAGCAUCUGCCGCUCAGCGAGCAGGAAGAGCUGGAAGAACUGGGCCUGGCCAUUGCUAUCGUCUCUAUUCAUCUGCAGUCUUUAAUAACAUAUUUCCUGAUUUCUCUUGCGCUGAAAUAUCUAAAAUACCUGUUGAUGGUGUUGUUCUUCUUAUGAAAUCCAUGGGCAUUGAUAAGGUUGCAAAUUUCCCAUUCCCAACUUCUCCAGGGCCCACUGCCCUGGUUGAAGCAGACCGUUGCCUGAAAGCCCUUGAAGCGCUUGAUAGGAAUGGAAGGUUGACAUCUCUGGGGAAAGCCAUGGCUCAUUAUCCUAUGAGUCCUCGCCACUCAAGGAUGCUCCUUACUGUUAUCCAGAUUAUGAGAAGGGUGAAAAGCUAUGCUCAAGCAAAUCUGGUUCUUGCGUAUGCAGUUGCAGCAGCUGCAGUUUUGAGCUUGACAAAUCCAUUUGUUAUGGGAUAUGAAGGAAGCUACAGUCAAACUGAUGAGUCGAAGCAGAAUGAUGGAUCUGGUCCCUUAGAUAGUGAGAAAGUUUUGAAGAAAAAGGAAAAAUCACAGAAAAAGAAACUAAGAGAAAUGGCCAGAAUGUCACGUGCCAAAUUUUCUAAUCCUAGCAGUGAUACUCUGACUGUGGCUUAUGCAUUACAGUGUUUUGAGCUUUCCAAAAGCCAAGUAGAAUUCUGCGAUGAAAACGGAUUACAUCUGAAAACCAUGGAAGAAAUGUCCAAGCUAAGGAAGCAACUUCUUCAGUUGGUUUUUAAUCAAAAUGUUCAUCAUGAUGUUGAACAGGAUUUUUUAUGGACUCAUGGAACUAUGGAAGAUAUAGAACUCUCUUGGAGGAUCUCCUCCAGUAAGAACCCACUUUUACUGAAUGAGGAAGAACUCUUAGGCCAAGCUAUCUGUGCUGGGUGGGCUGAUAGGGUUGCCAAACGCAUUAGAGGAGUUUCAAGGUCAUCUGAAAGGGAUAGAAAGGUAAAUACAGCUCGGUAUCAAGCAUGCUUGGUCAAAGAAACUGUCUUUCUCCAUCGUUCUUCAUCUCUUUCAAAUUCUGCUCCUGAGUUCUUGGUGUACAGUGAACUUUUACAUACAAAACGGCCAUAUGUGCACGGGGUGACUAGUGUGAAAUCAGAGUGGCUUGUUAAUUAUGCCAAAUCGUAUUGCACUUUUUCUGCUCCUCUGAUUGAUCCUAAACCUUAUUAUGAUCCUCAAACAGACGAAGUAUAUUGUUGGGUAGUACCCACUUUUGGGCCUCACCUAUGGCAACUUCCAUUGCAUAGUUUGCGGAUCAGUAAUGACACACAUCGUGUGACAGUAUUUGCAUUUGCUUUGCUUGAAGGCCAAGUAUUACCAUGCUUAAGGUCUGUUAAGCAAUUCAUGUCAGCCUCUCCUGAUAUCAUUUUAAAGCCAGAAUCAUAUGGUCAAAGACGAGUUGGAAAUCUUUUACAUAAGUUAAAGGGCCGGUCAAUCAACAGUUGUGCUCAGUUAAGACAGACAUGGGAGGAAAAUUCCGGGGAAUUGCAUUUAGAAAUUCGUGACUGGUUUCAAGAAAGUUUCCACAAACAAUUUGCAAAGCUUUGGUCAAAGAUGCUCUCCGAAGUUCUUCUAGAGCCUCAAGAACGUUUCCCCAAAAGAGUGAAGAGGGAUACAAGGAAAAAAUAAGUUGCUUAUUUUUAAUCAGUUUCUUGUACAUGUCGAAGAGCUUGGGAUGGGAAGAACUAUUUAUAUAUUGAACCAUUUACCGAUGAAGAUGAAAAAGCUUUGUGAUAUAUUUUUGCUCAUUAUUAUAUAACAGGCCAAGAGUUUGACACUGCUGCACAUUGCAGCUGGAGCAGCAGUGCUUAACCAUGCAGAAGUUGUAUCCUUUCUUAAGGAUGAAGCUACUGAGCAGAUAAUUGGUGCAAGAAUUCGUGACAAUCUCUCAGGCCAAGAGUUUGACACAAGCAAAACUUCUUGUGAAUGUGGCUGGACCAUUUUGUGACUCUGUAAGGUAAAUGGCUGACAAAGAUGCACAACCAAUGAUAUGUCCCAGCAGCGGUGCACAUAUUGUUCUCCCUGAUUACUGUUCUCCAGAAGGAAUGGGCUUGUUUGUUCCUAAAACUAAG